AAAGCGCUACGGAGAGAGUCCCUCGACUUCACUCGACUUCACCCUCGACUUUGCGCGCGGCUGAGCGCCUCUAUUACGAUGGACACUGGAUAGGUUUUAUUUCCUCAUUAACAGUGCAAUAUAGGUUCCUUAGAAAGGAACAGCGCAUCCGAGUGCCUGAUGUGAUUGGAAAUAUUUUAUCUUUGCGCUUUUAAGACGAAGAAUCAUGCAGUUUCUGUCUUAUUCGCCACAGAACAGGGGCAAACACAUCGCAAGGAGACUUCUGAAGUGAGACAUGGGCUUUGUGGAAAUUCUGUUUGCUUUGUUCAUCGUUGUGAUCGUGAUUGUUUCUUUGUUGUCGAACUUACUAGUUUUGCUGUGUCUCGUUCAUAGCAGCGAAAUACGGCGCCAGGUGCCAGGGGUGUUUACCAUGAAUUUGUCGUUUUGCAACAUACUGAUAUCUGUACUGAACAUGCCGUCCACUUUAGUUGGGAUUGUAAAUCACCAACAGCCUUUUGGGGACUGCCUCUGUCGCACACUAAGCUUUCUGGAGACCUUUCUGACAGCUAACAGCAUGCUGAGCAUGGCAGCACUCAGUAUAGACCGAUGGAUCGCCGUGGUCUUCCCGUUGAGUUACCCGAGCAAAAUGCGUUAUCGGGACGCGCUGGUUAUGGUGUGUUAUUCGUGGCUCCACUCCUUCACAUUCUCCCUCAUUCCGCUGCUUUUCUCCUGGUUUGAGUACAGUCCCAUUUACGCAUCCUGUACGUUGCAUCUGAGCAAGGAGGGCGCACGGAUUAAGUUUACUGUAUUCACCGUUGUCUUUCACGCCACCAGCUUCAUGCUCUCGCUCGUGAUUUUGUGCGUCACGUACUUAAAGGUUUUAAAAGUUGCACGCUUUCACUGCAAGAGGAUUGACAUUAUAACCAUGCAGACCCUCUUCUUACUAGUUGAUAUACAUCCAAGUGUUAAACAGCGCUGUAUUGCUGAUCAAAGGAGGAGGAAACAGCGCGCUACUAAGAAGAUUAGCAUUUUUAUUGGCUCUUUCAUCAUCUGUUUCGCCCCUUAUGUCAUCACAAGGUUGACUGAGCUGCUUCCCUUUGUACAUGUCAAUCGGUACUGGGGUAUUGUCAGCAAGUGUUUAACAUACAGCAAGGCCGCUUCAGAUCCCUUUGCCUACUCCCUCCUGCGGCAGCAGUACAAGAAGGUCUUGGUUACGGUGACCAAUCGCCUGCUGAAGCGUGAUUUAUACCCUUCCUCAGGACACAGCAGCUCUAUGGACACAGAGAAUGACUACAGUCUUCAGAGAAUCAGUUAAACUUUGCAAAAUCGGUUGUAAAAACUGCAAAUGCCCAAUGCCUUAAUUUGAAAGGUUUGUGAGAGUGUGUGUACCUGGUAUUUACUAUGCUAUAGAGACCUAAUUUCUUCACCAGGAUAGUAAUACCGGUAAGUUUGGCCUUGUGAGGUCCCUAUAUGUUUGUCCCUAUAUGAGGAAAAUAGCAUGAAAAUGCUUACACUGAAAAUGUAAAAAUGCAGAAAGUGUGACGGGUAGGUUUAGAGUCACGGAUACAAAACACAGUUUGUACAGUAUAAAAACCAUUACAAACUGGGCUGUGUGCUUAUAGUGAGUGAUGUUAAAAUGUAACAAUUGUAUAAACAAGGACACUAGCAAACUGCAAAGGCUGCAAUACAUCACAUUUGACUUAACAUCAUGGUGCAUUUUAUGCUGUGGUGCAUAAUAUUGAAAGAAUUUUUGAAGCUUUGGGUACCUGCAAAAUGCCAUAUAAGUUUAUCUCUUAAGUUAAACUCUCUUGUCAAAAUACUUUUCACCCAAAGGCCUACUGAUCACCAGGCAGUGAUACACAUACUUUCAACAUUAGUGAUAGAACAGCUAAUGCUAAAAAAUCUCUCUUGCCUAAAUGUACUAGAUUUCUGAAACGGCUGUUCAUAUCGCUAGUACAUUGUUUGGUUUGGUGGAUUGCUGUAAGUUGAUUUUAAAGAUUAAUUUGUUAGAAUCUUGAUGUAGAUACUUAGCACAACAUAAGAAAUAUUUGGUGUACUUAAUUUGCAAUGUAUUCUGUUAAGCAGUUGUAGGGUUUACAGAGCACUGAGUAUUAGUGUACUAAUACUGCUGUAUUAGUGUCAGAUUUGUCAGAACUUUAUUUGUGAAAAUGGUGAAAUAAAGAUACCUGUAUGAAAAACAAAGUAAUAAAUAAACAUAUAAAUGGAUAAUUGCAUGCUAUUUCACUACAUUAAUGGGCAUAUGAAUUUAUUAAAAUCAUUAAAUCAGUGCUUUGCAUGUAUAAUCUGAUUGAUUUGUCCUGUAUGCAUAUUUGCUCCUGUCUUCCGUUCUGCUGAGAGGUUUGUGUUUGUAGCUCUGUGUUGCUUUGCUUUUUGCUUAUAAGUGAUAAAACAUAAUCUUCAUCCUCUAUAUUUCUCAUAUUUUCUAACAAACUA